GAAUUUCUUCGAACACAGAGCCGAGUUAAUCGUGAAUUCAUCUGCCCAGCUGGGCGGUAUCCUAGUAACUUUGAGACUAAAUAACCACCAAGCCAAUAGAAAGUCCUAAUUUCAAUUUUAGAACGGCUAGUGGCAUGUAAUGGUUGGUACGGUAUUCUGCAGGCGGACUUAAAAAUAAAUUUCGGCGGAAUUUAAGAAAAUAAAAAUGAUCUCAAUGAUCUCAACCGGAGAGUCAACAUCACCCUCGGCCCAGCCACAGAACAGCACAGCUAUAGCUCUCAACGCUCUCUUUGUUUGGCGGGAUGUAUGUGCAUACCAUACUGCUAAAUUGUCAAGAUGGCAGAUAGCGACAAUAUGAAGGGUUCAAAGCCCUCGUCUGCUCCACAGUCGCUUCCUCCGCGCCAUUAUCCCUUCUGGUUCGGCGGUUCUGCAUCGUGCAUGGCGACCGCAACGACGCAUCCCUUGGAUCUUUUGAAGGUCCGCCUCCAGACCCGAAAACCAGGAGACCCUGCUGGAAUGCUGAGGACUGCCGCUCAUAUCGUCAAGAAUAAUGGGGUCCUGGGUCUAUACAAUGGUCUCUCAGCCUCUCUCCUCCGCGCAAUAACAUACUCAACCACCCGGUUCGGAGUCUACGAGGAGCUUAAAUCACAUUUCACCUCCGCCGAAUCUUCCCCUUCCCUACUCACCCUUGUCCUCAUGGCUUCAGCCGCAGGCUUAGCAGGCGGGCUGGUCGGUAACCCUGCCGACGUCCUCAACGUCCGCAUGCAAUCCGACGCAGCCUUGCCCCCAGCCCAGAGAAGGAACUACAGACACGCCUUGCACGGAUUGAUGCAGAUGGUCCGUUCGGAGGGCCCGUCCAGUCUAUUCCGCGGCCUGUGGCCGAAUUCAGCCCGCGCAAUCCUUAUGAACGCUUCCCAGCUGUCCACGUACGAUACUUUCAAGGGAAUAUGCAUCAAGCACUUUGGUAUGUCGGAUAACAUCAACACGCACUUCACAGCUUCGCUCAUGGCCGGGUUCAUGGCGACGACGAUAUGCAGUCCCGUCGAUGUGAUAAAGACGAGGAUAAUGACGGCGAACCCUGCGGAGUCGAAGGGGCACGGCAUCGUCGGCCUGUUGAAGGAGGUGAUUAGGAAAGAAGGGUUUUCGUGGAUGUUCCGGGGCUGGACACCUAGUUUUAUCCGCCUGGCGCCGCAGACUAUCGCUACGUUCCUGUUUUUGGAAGAGCAUAAGAAAAUAUACCGAGCUUUGAACCCGCGUAUUGAGGAUUCUCUCAUCUAACGCCUGAACGAAAAAGGGGCAGAGAAAAAAGACAAGGAACAAAAAACCUACCAUACACGAGAUAUAUUCGUAAUCCUUGAUCAGGAAUUGGGUCAGGUUAUCUGGAUAAAAGGCAAUCCCUCGCUACGCCCUCCUUCCACAUUCGCACUUCCAGACAUAUAUCUCCCAUCUUCCAAUGCCAUAUCUCGAUGUUAACUUCUUCUACUUAAAAAACCUUGGAUUCUCCGACAAUGCGGAUCCCCCAGCGAUUAUGUUUCUCUAUUUAAGGAGCAAACACGAACCGCAAUCUAUCUAACCUUGUUCUUAAUUUUCCUCGCUCAUGAUAUCUCACAAACAGUCCAACUACUACUACCGCUUUCACAGCUAGAGCUACAGUAUUCUUUGUUUUCUACUUUCCUUUGGGCGAACCUAUAGACCUAUAGAGUCGGAUAGAGAUCGUGGCGUUUCAAAAAUAAUUGCUUCUUCUACUACAUUGAGGCCCUUUUGCCCUGUUUUUCUCUUUUACAUGUACAAUAGUAAUAAUGUAGAUCAACACCUUCCUUCCCCCUUCCCCUGCUCCUUUUGCAUAUAUAUAUAUAUGUCCACAGAAACAUUCACUGUCCCUUCGAAUAUAGUGUGUUUAGAUUCAUUUCUUAUUUUCCCAAUUGCGACCAUUGAAAAAUCCGGAUUCUAGGAAAAAGGGAUUAUGGAGAGAGAUGAAGGCUGUUUGACUAAUUACAUCGGAAACAGAAAUGUAGAAAAAAAGCAACAAAGCUAUAUGAACUACAGAUCCUAUCACAGCUCGCACUCAUUCUACUUCCUUGACUCACGCCCUUCUUUUUGAGAGAGAAAAAUAAAAUUACAUGCAUGCCACUCCCACAAAAGUAAUUAUCAUGUCAAGGACGGGAGAAGAGGAAUGAACAAAGUUGAGAUAUAAGAAAUCAUAAGAACAAACACCCCAAAUUUCAACCUUCAAAAAACAUCAUGCCAAUCAAUACAGUGAAAGGUGCUGCUU